UUGGCAUCGGUGCCACCCAGUUUCUCUCGGGCAGGCCAGAAGCCUCACGAUCUACCUCUGUGUGUGUGUCUCUGCAGAUGGCCAACAUUGUGACGUCCUUCUGCUGUGUGGUGCUUGCAGCCGUGGUGGUGGUUUAUGCCCAAAGGCGCAGCCAGCAAGGUGGCAGGAUUCAGUAUGAAAAGAUAUUAAGUGAUGUCACUAUGCAGUGUGGCUCGCUGGACAAUGAUGCGUCUGUAACGUGGAAAGUUAACGGAACAGACGUGAAGGCCCGCCGACGAGAAGAAGGACCACGGCUCAUUCUGAUGGAGGUCAACAUGAGUAGCAACGGCUUGUACAGCUGCUUCCAGAACCCUGACGGCCAGCGACGUGACCAGAUCAAUCUCCGUGUUGGCUUUCCUCCCAAGGAACCACAGGUGACGUGUCGAUCAAACACCUAUCCCAGAGGCUUCUACUGCAGCUGGCACCUUCAGCAUCCAACGUUCAUCCCAACGGACUUCGAAGUCGAUGUCCAACAUAACCAGAGGCCUUUGGAGGUCACCAGGGAUACAGUUCAUAAGAACAGGUGUCACGUCAAGUUUCCGGAACUUUUCUCCAGCUCUCCUUACUAUGUUAAUGUUACGGCAGUGAACUCGCUGGGUCGAGCUUCAACCACCAUCAGCUUUGAGGAGUCUUCGAUAGUGAAACCUGAUCCUCCUGAGAAGGUGGUGGCCAAACCUGUAGCCAACAAUGCAAGAAGAUUGGAGGUGACCUGGAACAGUCCCAGUACGUGGCCUGACGUGGAAACCUUCCCGCUAAAGUACUUCCUUCGCUACCGACCACUCAUCCGAGACCAGUGGCAGCAUGUGGAGCUCUCCGACAGCACCUCCCACACCAUCACCGACGCCUAUGCAGGGAAAGAGUACAUCAUCCAGCUGGCGGCCAAGGACAUGGAGAUCGGCACAUGGAGCGACUGGAGCGUUGCAGUCCACGCCACCCCCUGGAUGGAGGAGCCCAAACCCAUCACCUCCACCACCGAGAGUGAUGUCAUCCCAGAAACUACCCCUGGACCGCCUUCAGCUGCACCACGAGUGGGUGAACCCACAGCGGCCUGCUCCACCCUCCUCUGGUCAACCCACCUGCUCUUGGCCUGCGUCCUGCUGUCCAUCAUGUGAUGUGUGAGCUUCAUUCCUGUGGAAAAAAUAUGAGGAGUCUUCUAUUUCUAUUUUGCACAUGUUAAUAGAUAUCGUGCAUUGAUAAUUUAAUUCAAGUUCUUUUUCUCACAAAAGACAAAAAGACCUAGAAAGAUUAAUAAACGCUGACAUUUACAAAAGGAAGACAGUAAAACAUUUCAACAUCUCUGAAGUCGACGGAAGACCAGACGCAGACACAGGAACCGAACCCCAGGGGAGCAAAAGAUUUGGGGACACGAGACUCACCUGCCUGUCAGCACAAAAACAAAAUCAAUCCAACAAACAAAAAUCAUUCACCGCACUUUUUAUUUUGUCACACAAGAUUUUUUCCACCCCAUUUUGUUCCUUCAAACCAUUCAGAGGACAGAAAAAAAGCUGAUUUUGUGUAACAUCGAUUUCCUCGACAUACAGCUAACUCAUCAUGCCAAAGACUUGGACAGUUUUUUUUUAAUUUUCCCAUGAUCCCUAGCUUCCCCAAAACCUGUGUCUGUAAGGGAUUGAAACUGGCAGUACAAAAUCUUCACAAGCUUCAAAGAGCGAGGAGAAACACGUUGAUUUUGGAGGCCGUCAUUAAAUAUCUGUUGUAUUCCUUUUGUUUUCCUCUUUUUUCUUUCAUCCAUUUUUUGGGCCCCUGAACACAAGAGAAGUUGAAACUGUAAAUAACAAAUUGGUUUGGACUGUUCUGGACUGCCUUUUUGUAACAGGAAGAACAACGUGUCACGUCGGACUGUCUGAAGAUUAAGCACCGUUUGGAAUCGUUUUUUCAGUAUUUUCACUAUUUGCCUUUCACCAUCUAUUUCUGCAGCCUUUUCUAGUCAAUAUCACAGUUUAAUACUACCUUCUUGGAGAAUUUUUUUUUUGGUUAUCAUUGAAUAAACUAUAAUUUUAGAAAUUAGAUUUUUUUUUAUUUCUUCUUCUUCUUCUUCCAAACCUUCAUAAUUGCUUAAUUCUCCUUGAUCAUAUUUUGUAAACUAUGAUAUGUAUCUUUAACAUGAGAAAAAGUUUAUUAUUUAAUAAUGUAUGUAUUAGCUUUAGAUUCUUGUAACCUGUAUCUGGGUUCUUUUUAUAGAUGUAUAUAAAAUGAGAAGUUGUUCAUUAAAUGUGA